AUGCUAGCUUUUGAAAAAGUAAAGAAUUUAUAUCUCGAAAGAGAGUCAGAAUUAAUAUCGAAAAAAAGUGAAUUAAAAUCAAAAAAAAUCAAAGCACACAAUUGGUCGGCUCAAGGCAAAGACAUUUUUUUUGAGGCACUUAAUGAAUGUGGGAAAGAUUUUGAAGCUAUUCAAAAGUAUUUUGCUGUCAAAUCGAAGAAAAAAAAUGGAUCAGAUUUAAUAAUGAAAACUAAAGAGCAAAUUAGGCAUUUUUACUACAGAACUUGGGCAAAGAUUUCAAAACAUUUAAAAUUUCCACCUGAUACUAAAAAGCAAACUCAAGAGUUAUAUGGAUUAAUCAAUUAUGGAGAAUUUAGAAAAAAAAUGGGGUGUGUUACUGAAAAAACUAGUCUAAAAUUAAAUGAACUCGUAAUAACUGGAUUCACUCAUUUGAGAGUCAAGGGAAAAAAUGUUCAUAUACGAACUCCUAGGUGCAGAACACUUAGAAGAUUAAAUCAGUUAGAAGAGUGUCAAGAUGAAAUUAAAUUGCCGUCUAGAAUUCUUGUAGAAUUAGUACCCAGAUGCAAUGAUUCUUGGGCUCGCGUUCAGUCUACUGCUCAAAACCCUUGCGUACAAAUUUCUGUUCCUCUACAAUAUAGAUUAAUAAAUUUAAUUCAGUAUUUUCAAAAAAAAUGGUUGCCGCGACAUUCAAAAUAUCCAAAUGCACAAGUUUACAUAUCUGAAGUUAACUUAAGUCAAUAUUUAACAAGCAGUCGAAUUUGCUUAAGUUCUCAUGAAGAAAGACUCGGAAGAAAAGGUACUUGCGAAGCAAUUUUAAAAUCCCUUAAAGCUGAAUCUAGAGGCAGGGGUAGAAAAUGUCAGAAAUCCGAAGAGAAGGAAAUUAAAAAAUCAAUUGAAAAAAUUAGCGUAGAUUCAAAAAAAUUAGAUGGUGACGACGUUAUUAAAACAGAAGAAUCCAAAGUGAACACGAAAAAUUCUUUUUUACCAGAAGACAAAGAAAUAAAAUCUGCCGAUAUGGAUAUUCUAUCUCCGGAUUUAUCAAACGAUGAAAAACCAAAUUUUAAUUUUACUUUUGGUGGUCAAACAACAUUUUCCAACGAAACAGAAGAAAAUAAUGAAGUUAUUAAUAAUGAAAUUACCGAUGAGGUCAGACAAAAUGAUUGCUCAACAAAAACAGAUAAAAUUCCGGAUUUUAUCGAAGGCCUAAUGAAAUUGCAAGACAGAGAUGAAGCUAUUGCCAAAAUUAGAAAUGGAUGGCAUUUAGAAAAUAGUCAUUCAUUAUCAUUAGGAGAUGUAUAUUUAAUGAUUGGUAGUGACUACAAACUACAACUAGAUUACUGGUGGAAGCGUAAAAAUGAAAGCCCUGAGAGCAUAGUCGAAAGUAAUUUAAAUAAAUUGAGUUCUAUGUUAUCAAAAUUAAUCCGGUUAACAAAAUUAACCAGAGUUAAAACGAAACCUUCCUGCCUUUGCGGACACCAGCGAAACGACGACAUAAAAGUUACAGCUCGAGGAAGACGCCCAGUUGUUGAUUCGCCGUUGGAGCCGGGCAACGUUCAUCUCAUGAAUAAAAGCAGAUUAGAUCCGGAAGCCUUUAAAGCUCAGUUAGACAAAUUAACGCCGAGAUAUUGUAAUAGACGAGGUCGCGGAAUCGCAGCUAAAAAUGUUGUAGUACAAAGAACUUUGCCUCUGUUGCCUAAAGCAAAUAACGGUCACGCCAUAGUAACGUUAAAAUUAAUUCCUCAAACAAGUCAAUUUUCCGGAGAAUUCAUGCCAGUUUCAUUAGUAACUUCAGGAUCGGGUUCCGUAGAUUCUAAUGAAAUUUCAAGGCGAAGAUCUGAACAACCCAUCGCACCAAAACCUCCUGUUCCCUCUUCUGAAAAGGUUAUCAAUCCACCUGAGCAUUCCUUAUCGCCAACUCCGAGUGUAAGUUCUCUACUGGAGGAUCACGAUCCGAUGAUAGCAUCCCAGUCCUACGGUAAUAUUGAGGGAAGAAGACUGGUUAAAUGCUGA